CGAACUUCCGUUUCGGCAUUUGUUUGGGGUUUUGGAUAAAUCAUCCACCACUGGACCAACAUCAACAACCGGGAAACUAAGCAAGCAAAUUGAAAAUUCUGAAGCUCUUCCGGUGGUGAGCGACUUUCAGAGAAUUGCGUUGGAAAAUAUGCCUUCUGUUGCAGAACAGCACGAAUAUUCCACCGAUUCGCAGUACUUAUACGACAUGGCACAUGCAAUUUCUAAUGGCGUGGUUUCUGUGGAUCUGGCUAACAUAAAACCAGGGAAAAUUGUACAUUCUCGCUGGCUCACCAAGGCCGCUAGAUUAUUACGAUUAUAUGUGACAAUGAAAAAACCACCUAAAAAUUUAAGAAUUCUGGUUGAAUUUAUAAUUAAGGUUUAUGUGCCAAUGUAUUUUAAUAUCAAGUAUUACAGCUCUGUCGUGUACGGUAGUGUAUUAUUUUUCAAGUACAUUACUUGGGCACAAUUUCUGGAGCCAAAUUUACGCACUGUUGUCAAUCAUGUAAUUAAAAAUAAUCCAUAUUUUGCACAUUCGGAAAAUAUCUUGCUAUCAAUGUUGUUUGAUGAUAGGAAAGAGGUGCGCGACUCUGCUAUCAAGAAAAUUUUACGAUAUCGAGACAAUGUUGAAGACCCAUCGGAACUUAGUGAAUAUAAAAAACCAGAUAUAAACUUCCAUUGCUUCGAUUACACGAAAAUGAUCGAUUUGACUGAUAAAAAUAACGUAUUUGAACCACCAUUCACGCGAAUCAUUCCGUAUGAAACAUUGAUAGCAUAUUUAAAUGAAGAUGAUUCACCAUUUACUGAUCCGCAUAUUCCAUUACAUACACAAGAAACGGAACAACACGUUCAACUGCUAGCUAGCGUUUCCAAACGAGUAAUAUCGGAAAAUGUAGAGGCUGUUAUGGAGGCGACAUUAGAGAGCCGUGCGAAAUUGCCCAGUGUUGAAACCAAAAAAGACUUCAAACAAUAAUUUUUUAGUUUCUUUCCUAUGUUCUGAUCGAAUAAAUUU